CUGGAGUGUAGACGAGCACGAAGACUGCAUCGGGAAGUCGAAGUGAGAUUUGACGGGUGAUCUGACAGAGCUACAAAUACUCUGACUGGAGUCGCCCACCAACGCUUUCCGCACCCAACGUGUUCAAAACUCAACAUGUCUGCAGAAAUUGCCACCGACGCAGCACCACGGGCCACCAAGGCCGUGGCAUCACAUCCGCUUGCGCCGCUAUCGGCCUCGGAGAUCACGACUGCGGCGUCGAUUAUCAAGGCUUCAUGGCCAGCACACACAGACCUGCACUUCAAGGCCAUCACAUUGCAGGAGCCACCCAAGGUGGAAGUCUUGAAGUACCUUGAAGCCGAGCAUGCAGGAAGCCCUCUUCCAGGCAUUAGCAGGAAAGCUUUCGUCAACUACUACAUUCGAAACACAAACAAAUUCCAUGAAGCCAUCAUCGACGUUGCAUCAGGGCGCGUCGAGAAGAAUGUGCUUCUCGGACCAUUCAUCCACGCCAACGGAGAUGGAGACGAAAUCGUCGCCAUCGAGAAAAUCGUGCUCGAAGACGAGGGUGUCAGGGCCGAGAUCGCCAAGCUGCAGCUGCCAGAAGGCACCGUAGUCAUCAGCGACCCGUGGAUCUUUGGAGCCGACGGCGUGAACGACGAGGACCGAAUGUACCAAUGCUUUCUGUACUUGCGCGACCCCAACAAUGCGUCUGAAGCCGACUCCAAUCACUACGCCAUGCCGAUUCCCAUCUCGCCAGUUCUCAGCACGGAGACCAUGAAGGUUAUCCGCAUUGAGAUUAUGCCCACUGGAGCCGACAAUACGAUCAAGCCGAUCGAGAAGUACAAAGUUCAGCCGCCAAACGAAUACAUUCCGGAGGCGCAGACUCUUCGAACUGACUUGAAACCGCUGAACGUCGUCCAGCCGGAGGGCGCCAGCUUCGAGGUGAAGGAGGAGGGCACUUCAAGCGUCGUGUCGUGGCAGAAAUGGAACUUCAGGGUCGGUUUCAACCAACGCGAGGGUAUGGUGCUGUACGAUGUGCGAUACGACGGCCGCCCUCUGUUCUACCGAUUGAGUUUGAGCGAUAUGAACAUUCCCUACGCCGACCCUCGACAUCCGUUCCACAAGAAGUCGGCGUUCGAUCUGGGCGAUGCUGGUGCUGGAAUUAUGGCGAACAAUCUGAAGCUCGGGUGCGACUGCCUGGGCUCGAUCUACUACCUCAGCUCGGUGCUUUCAGACGACAAGGGAGGCGUCAUCGACAUGCCGAACGUCGUCUGCAUCCACGAGCAAGAUGCUGGCAUCGGCUGGAAGCACACCAACUACCGCACCGGUCGAGCAGCCGUCGUCCGCUCCCGUGAGCUAGUACUGCAGUCCAUCAUCACCGUCUCCAACUACGAAUACAUCCUGGCCUUCAUCUUCAACCAAGCCGGCGAGCUCACUUAUGAAAUCCGCGCCACCGGCAUCCUCAGCACCCAGCCGAUCGACGAAGGCAUCACUGUCCCCUUCGGCACCGUCGUGCACCCCGGCGUCCUGGCUGUGCACCACCAACACAUCUUCUCGCUGCGCGUCGACCCCAUGCUCGACGGCCUCACCAACACCGUCGUCUACGACGAAGCCCACCCAAUGCCGCGCUCCGACUUCAACCCGCACGGCACCGGCUACACCGUGUCGGAGACCGUGAUCGGCAAAUCCGGUGGCUACGACACGGCCUACGAGCACAACCGCACCUUCAAGAUCACAAACCCGCAUGUGCGCAACCCGAUCAACGGCAAAGCCGUGGCGUACAAGAUCCAAGCCCCGCCGUUCCAGAAGAUCCUCUCCGACGAGGACAGCUUCAACUUCAAGCGCGCCGAGUUCGCGGACCACAACAUCUACGUCGUGGCGCACCGCGACAACGAGCUCUACGCCGGCGGGCAGUACACGAACCAGUCGCGCGGCGGCACGGGGGUGCGAUCAUGGGCGCAACGCGGCGAUGACGUGGAAGAUGCCGAUGUGGUGGUGUUUGUGCAGGCGGGGAUCAAUCACGUCCCGCGCGUGGAGGAUUUCCCGGUGAUGCCGUGCGAGGUGCUGAAGAUUCACUUCAAGCCGGUUAAUUUCUUCGACAAGAAUCCGGCGAUUGAUGUGCCACCGAGUGAGCAGGUGUUCAACAAGAGCAGUUUGCUGAGUGGGCAGCAUGCGCAGCCGGUGGUUGAGGCGGUGGUGGGGAGGGACGGGGAGUGUUGUGCGCCGAAACUGUGAGCGAGAAUCUAGAGCGACGGUGCGUUGCAUGGGUAGAGAAUAUGGUAACAAGAUGGUUGGUGAAGCUUGCUAUAUAGGAUACACACGGGCGACUUCCUAGAGGUUGAAAAUACAGACGCACUAUGACACAUAUCAGAACACAAAGAAGCUCGAUGCAUGGUUUAUGGUGAUUGAAAGUGAUUCCUGACUUGCUCGAACUCUGCU